CCGGCUCCGCGCCGCGGGCCUGCCUUCAGGCCCCCGCGGGCUCCGCGCCGCCGCUCGGAGGCUCGCACCCUCCCGCCGCUCGGGGACCAGCCUGCCGCGUCCCCUGGGCAACUAUCUCCAGGGAGACCGGGCCCCGCCCCCGGCACCGACACCCGACAGAGAAGGAGCUCAGUGUCAAGCAAGGGCGGAAUGACACUCAGAUUCCAAAGCAUCUUUAAUCUGCUGGGCAGAGGGGCCUUUGCUGCUGGUCUUUCUCGGACCAUUCCAGAGAGAACAACUGGUGUCUGAGAAGUAAAAAAAAAAAAACAGGAUGCCCCCAGGGGUGGACUGCCCCAUGGAAUUCUGGACCAAGGAGGAGAAUCAGACCGUGGCGGUUGACUUCCUGCUGCCCACUGGGGUCUAUCUGAACUUCUCUGUGUCCCGAAAUGCCAACCUCAGCACCAUCAAGAAGGUAUUGUGGCACCGAGCCCAGUAUGAGCCGUUCUUCCACAUGCUCAGUGACCCCGAAGCCUAUGUGUUUACCUGCGUCAACCAGACUGCGGAGCAGCAAGAGCUGGAGGACGAGCAGCGAAGGCUGUGUGACAUCCAGCCCUUCCUGCCAGUCCUGCGCCUGGUGGCCCGUGAGGGUGACAGGGUGAAGAAGCUCAUCAACUCUCAGAUCAGCCUCCUCAUUGGCAAAGGCCUCCAUGAGUUUGACUCGUUGCGUGACCCGGAAGUGAAUGACUUUCGCACUAAGAUGCGCCAGUUCUGCGAGGAGGCGGCUGCCCGCCGGCAGCAGCUGAGCUGGGAAGCCUGGCUACAGUACAGCUUCCCUCUGCAGCUGGAGCCCUCUGCACGGAGCUGGGGGCCUGGCACCCUGCGGGUCCCCAACCGGGCCCUCCUGGUCAAUGUCAAGUUCGAGGGUAGUGAGGAGAGCUUCACCUUCCAGGUGUCCACUAAGGAUGUGCCUCUGGCACUGAUGGCCUGCGCCCUCCGGAAGAAGGCCACGGUGUUCCGGCAGCCCCUGGUGGAGCAGCCCGAGGACUACACUCUGCAGGUGAACGGGAAGCACGAGUACCUGUAUGGCAGCUACCCCCUCUGCCAGUUCCAGUAUAUCUGCAGCUGCCUGCACAGCGGGCUGACCCCACACCUGACCAUGGUACAUUCCUCCUCCAUCCUUGCCAUGCGGGACGAACAGAGCAACCCUGCCCCCCAAGUCCAAAAACCGCGCACCAAACCGCCCCCCAUUCCCAUGAAGAAGCCCUCCUCUAUGUCUCUAUGGUCCCUGGAACAGCCCUUCUGCAUCGAGCUGAUCCAGGGCAGCAAAGUAAAUGCUGACGAGCGGAUGAAGCUGGUGGUACAGGCUGGGCUUUUCCAUGGCAACGAGACGCUGUGCAAGACGGUGUCCAGCUCCGAGGUGAGCGUGUGCUCAGAGCCCGUGUGGAAGCAGCGCCUGGAGUUUGACAUCAAUGUGUGUGACCUGCCGCGCAUGGCCCGGCUCUGCUUUGCGCUGUACGCCGUGAUCGAAAAGGCCAAGAAGGCUCGCUCUACCAAGAAGAAGUCCAAGAAGGCGGACUGCCCCAUCGCCUGGGCUAACCUCACCCUGUUUGACUACAAGGACCAGCUCAAGACUGGUGAAUGCUGCCUCUACAUGUGGCCCUCUGUCCCAGAUGAGAAAGGGGAGCUGCUGAACCCCACAGGAACCGUGCGUAGCAACCCCAACACCGAGAGUGCUGCCGCCCUGAUCAUCUGCCUCCCUGAGGUGGCCCCCUACCCUGUGUACUACCCUGCCCUGGACAAGAUCCUGGAGCUGGGGCGGCACGGGGAGCACUGCCGCUUCACGGAGGAGGAGCAGCUGCAGCUGCGGGAAAUCCUGGAGCGGCGAGGGUCCGGGGAGCUCUACGAGCACGAAAAAGACCUGGUGUGGAAGAUGCGGCAUGAGGUUCAAGAGCACUUCCCCGAGGCACUGGCCCGGUUGCUGCUGGUCACCAAGUGGAACAAGCACGAGGAUGUGGCCCAGAUGCUCUACCUGCUGUGCUCUUGGCCGGAGCUGCCAGUCCUGAGCGCCCUGGAGCUGCUGGACUCCAGCUUCCCCGACCGCCACGUGGGCUCCUUCGCCAUCAAGUCCCUGAGGAAACUGACAGACGAUGAGGUUUUCCAGUAUCUUCUGCAGCUGGUGCAGGUGCUCAAGUACGAAUCCUACCUCGACUGCGAGCUGACCAAAUUCCUGCUGGACCGGGCCUUGGCCAACCGCAAGAUUGGCCAUUUCCUCUUCUGGCACCUCCGCUCUGAGAUGCACGUGCCGUCAGUGGCCCUGCGCUUCGGCCUUAUCAUGGAGGCCUACUGCAGGGGCAGUAUCCACCACAUGAAGGUGCUGAUGAAACAGGGGGAAGCUCUGAGCAAGCUGAAGGCCCUGAACGACUUUGUCAAAGUGAGCUCCCAGAAGAGCCCCAAGCCCCACACCAAGGAGCUGAUGCACCUGUGCAUGCGCCAGGAGACCUACCUGGAGGCUCUCUCCCACCUGCAGUCCCCGCUCGACCCCAGCACCCUGCUGGCUGAAGUCUGUGUGGAGCAGUGCACCUUCAUGGACUCCAAAAUGAAGCCGCUAUGGGUCAUGUACAACAACGAGGAGGCGGGCAGCGAUGGCAGCGUGGGCAUCAUCUUUAAGAACGGGGAUGACCUCCGUCAGGACAUGCUAACUCUGCAGAUGAUCCAGCUCAUGGACGUUCUAUGGAAGCAGGAGGGCUUGGACCUGAGGAUGACCCCCUAUGGCUGCCUCUCCACUGGGGACCGCACAGGCCUCAUUGAGGUGGUGCUUCACUCCGACACCAUUGCCAACAUCCAGCUGAACAAGAGCAACAUGGCAGCUACAGCCGCUUUCAACAAGGAUGCCCUGCUCAACUGGCUCAAGUCUAAGAACCCUGGGGAGGCCUUGGAUCGAGCCAUCGAGGAGUUCACCCUUUCCUGCGCUGGCUACUGUGUGGCCACAUACGUGCUGGGCAUUGGUGAUCGGCACAGUGACAACAUCAUGAUCCGAGAGAACGGACAGCUGUUCCACAUUGAUUUUGGCCACUUUCUGGGGAAUUUCAAGACCAAGUUUGGAAUCAACCGGGAGCGAGUCCCAUUCAUCCUCACCUAUGACUUUGUCCAUGUGAUUCAGCAGGGGAAGACUAAUAACAGUGAGAAAUUUGAAAGGUUCCGCGGCUACUGUGAAAGAGCCUACACCAUCCUGCGUCGCCACGGGCUGCUGUUCCUCCACCUCUUUGCCCUGAUGCGGGCAGCAGGCCUGCCUGAGCUCAGCUGCUCCAAGGACAUCCAGUAUCUCAAGGACUCUCUGGCGUUGGGGAAAACGGAGGAGGAGGCGCUCAAGCACUUCCGAGUGAAGUUUAACGAAGCCCUCCGGGAGAGCUGGAAAACCAAAGUGAACUGGCUGGCCCACAACGUGUCCAAAGAUAACAGGCAGUAGCAGCUCAUCCCAGCAGACACUGACCCCCCCCAAGACAAGCCAUCCUCGGGGCCUAAACGCCUGAAUGGUGCCCAAUGGGGAAGAACCUACUCAGCUGCCUUUUGUUUACACUGGUUAUUUAUUUAUGACUUGAAAUGUUUAAGGAACUCAACAGCCAUAAACGGAAAUGCGUCCUUUGUGCAGGGGCGGGGCGCUGUCCUCAGCCUCCCGUCGGAGCCCUGGGCUUUGAUCAGGAGACACUGAGUUGGGCACCUGAAGGCAGCCUCGUGUGGGGAAUUGUAACCCCAAGUCUUCCAGCCUGUGGAUCUGGGCAGCAGAAACUUCUUCCCACCGGGGAGCCUGCCUUCAUCCCAGGCUCCCACCGGACUGCACAGGACCUGGCGCCUGGCAGGCAGUUACCUCGUGCCUGCUGUCCAGACAGGCGCCCACACCUCUGUUCAGCCCUCCACCUUCGUGGUCUCUGUUGACUGAGUUCUGGGCAGCUCCCAGAGGAAGCCUGGUACCCUCUAUAUUCAGGGAUGCUUGCUGUCCACUUUUAAAGUGACUCUUGGGUACGGGAAUUCUCUCAUCUCUCUGCUGUAAAGCGAUUUUGUUUGCGGGUAAGAAAAAAGGAGCCAAACUAUUUACUGAACCUCUAUGGCUCAGGGGAAUGGCCUCAGUUCCCAUAAAGUAUAAUAUAUGCUGGUCCUCAAGACAUAUUAAAAAGAUUUGAGCUUCAUUUAGCUCAUCGUGGUCUUGGAUCAAGGUGAAAGCAGGUCAGAGUACUUUGUGCAAUUAUCUGUAAGCUGCCUGUUCAAGCAGGUUUUAAAGAAGGACCCAGAAUGCUCGCCUUUGAGAACCUGCUAUGAGCAGUCAGGUACCAGAGGUGCGAGUCGGGGGUGUGGUGGGAACUCUCUUCUGACAGUACUUAGUUUGACAAGAUUCAGGCUUAGCCUUAGGCAGAUCUGGGGAGCUCUAGAAAUGCAGGUUCCUGGGCCUCUCCUAGCCUUCUGACACCAGCUCUGGAGAUGGGGCCAGGAACCUGGGCCUUUAGAAGCCCACAGGCAUCCUGGUGUGUUAGCAGCCAACUUGGGACCCCCAGGCUACACUGCUAUGUGCCAAAGGCCUGCAGGGCUCAGCAGAGCCAGUGGUAGUGCCCUCUCCAAGCCCUGUGCUGGUGAGGAGCAGCCAUAAGCAAUCAGCGUCACUCAACCGGCACCCCGAGCACACUCGCUCCCAACUAAGCGCUGAAGUCCUUAGACCCACCUUUCCCGUUUGGAAACAGGAAAGGCCGAGUGUGUGCCCACCUGUUAUUUAUUUAAACUAGUCUGUGCUCCCUGGCGUGUGGUACGCUCUCCACACAUACAUAGCAAUUUCUGAUUUGAGUGCACAGCCUGUAUGGUGAGAAGAUGAUUAUUAUUUCUUCUUUAAAUCAUGUAACUUUUCUGUACGGGGCAGGUGAGUUCAACAUAAAUGAUGUAGGCUGAAGAUCAGCACCCUGUGAAACCUUGAAAUGAGGGGUGAAAGUAGAUUAAAAAGAAAUAAAAGCCUUUUUAUGUUA